AUGAAAAGCAGUAACAGGAAAAGGAAAAGGAAAAGGAUGGGGUGUUUUUGCUCCCGAGAUAGAAACCCAAGAGAUAAGAGCAAAAGCAAGAGUGGUGGAAGAUUGCAGGGUCGUGGCAGUGAAGGUAGAACCAGAAGAAUCGAUGGUGGUUUGGUUUCUAUACCGGCCAUGACAAUGGCUGUAAAUGGUUAUGGUUCCACUGGUCAUCAUUCAAGUGGUCAUCAUGGCUGUGGGGGUGGCUGUGGCGGUGGAGAUUGUGGAGGUGGAGGUGGCUGUGGCGGUGGAGGUUGUGGAGGAGGUGGAGAAACCCAAGAGAUUGGAGCAAAAGCAAGAGUGGUGGAAGAUUGCAGGGUCGUCGCCGUGGAGGUGGAGGUUGUGGAGGUGGCGGCGGAGGUUGUGGAGGAGGCGGUGGAGGUUGUGGAGGAGGUGGAGGUUCUAGUGUCGGCUGCGGCUGAGGUUCGUCUUUGA